AUGUCAACUCUACAAAACAAAGGGAAUAAUUCACAGCGAAAUGAUGAAAAGUCCACAACUCUGGGGAUGACAUCUGCAAUAUCAGUUGCUGGUCCUAAACUGUCAGAUUUAAUUAAGACGAAAGAACUAGAGGAAUUAUUGAAAACGUUUGAUGUUUUUGAAUCUGAACAAGAACUUAAUCAACGCAUGCAUAUUUUAGGAAAAUUACAAAACCUAGUCAGGCAAUGGAUCAAAGAAGUUUCCAUGAAACGUAAUAUGACUGAAAGUGUGGCAGAACAAUUGGGGGGACAACUUUACACAUUUGGUAGUUACAGUCUUGGUGUUCACGGUAAAGGUGCAGAUAUCGAUGCACUCUGUGUUGCUCCUAGACACAUUAGCAGAGUUGAAUUCUUUUCGUCUUUUUAUGAACUUCUCAAGGAACAACCUGAAGUAGCAGACCUCAGGGCAGUGAAAGAAGCUUACGUGCCGGUGAUCAAAAUGAAGUUUGAUGGGAUUGAGAUUGAUAUGUUAUUCGCAAGACUAUCACUGGACGAGAUUCCAGAUUCAAUGGAUUUACGUGAUGAUAUGUUAUUGAAACAAUUAGAAGACAAGUGUGUACGAAGUUUGAAUGGUUGUCGAGUGAACGAUGAGAUUUUGAGGCUAGUUCCAAACAAAGAAAACUUCAGAUUUGCGUUAAGAGCUGUUAAACUAUGGGCAAAACGUCAGGGCAUUUACAGUAACGUUCUAGGAUAUUUGGGGGGUGUUUCCUGGGCUAUGCUAGUAGCAAAAACUUGCCAGCUACAUCCCAAUGCGGCACCUUCGACAUUGGUGCAUAAGUUUUUCCAAUUUUGCUCAAUGUGGAAGUGGCCACAUCCUGUUUUACUGAAGCAACCAUCUAAAGUUGAUCUUGGAUUUCCUGUGUGGGAUUCUAGGGUAAACAUUCAAGAUGGUUAUCACUUGAUGCCGAUUAUCACACCUGCUUAUCCCCAACAAAAUUCAACAUUUAAUGUGAACCUUUCCACAAGGACAAUAAUGAUCAGAAAGUUCAUGAAUGGCUUAUCUAUUACUCAUGAUAUUAUGCUUGGGAAGAGCAGUUGGGACAAGUUAUUUGAAAAGCCAGCAUUUUUCAGAAGAUACAAGCAUUUUAUUGUACUACUAGUGAAGGCAGAUAAUACAAGAGAUCAUUUGGAGUGGUGCGGAUUAGUUGAAAGCAAAGCAAGGAUUCUUGUAGGAUACCUGGGAAGAAAUCCGUAUAUAACCCUUGCACACAUCCAUCCGGAAAGCUACUCAAUGCUGAAGUCCCAGACAGAACCUAACACAAUAUGUUCUAUGUGGUUUAUUGGACUGAAAUUCACUAGAACAGAUUUUUCAAUCGAUCUCACAAGAGAAUAUCGAUCAUUUAAGAAUCAUGUCAUCAGACAUGCAAUAAAUAUUCAGGCUUUGAAAGGCGGAAUGACUUUGGAUGCAAGGCAUGUUGAGAGAAACCAGUUGUCACACUAUUUGGCGCAAGACCUCAUCAAAUGAGAAAGGAAAUCCAGCAUUGCGGUAUGAUCCCGAUCCGAAAGUAGACAGAUUAUGUCUUCUGAAGCUGUUCCGGAGACAUGUGCACCCAACAAAAAGACUAGGCUUUUCGAAGAAAGUAUAUCUUUACUUAUAGAUU